AGCCGGCACACAAGCGUGCAUUCCAUGCCCGACCGUGGUCGCGUAAACGUGGUAUUGCUCAGUGCGUAGUGAACAUAGGGCGUUUGGUUACGGGCACGUGCUAGAGGCCUCCCUUUUUUCUUCCCUAACAUUUUCGUGCGCGUGUAUGAGUGUUGAAGAAAGUGAUAGUGUGCGUGUGUUUGCGUGUGAUGUGAUUGUGUAUUCAUUUCCCUCGUUGCCUAGGGGAGAAGGAAGUGGGCAAGUGUUUGUGGCAUGAUUGUAUCCUUGCAGGAGCAAACUCGGAAAAAAAAACACACACGCAAGGGGAUGAAGUUAUUUAUGAUUAAGCGGUGAAUUUCCUUCCAGUGCUAGAAUGUUUUGGGAGGAAGGGGAGAGCACCAACUCUACAUAAUCCCAGUUCGGAAGUUUCGUUUUGAAGGCGGCAAACGCACAAACCUUCCUAAAAAUCAAACACACAACACGCACACACAGCUAGAUCAGUUGCCAUGACGCUCGCGAUUUCGCGUUUGCUGCCAGUGUUGGUGUUAGUUUGUGGCGCCCGUUUGUCGCAGGUGGCGCGGGCCGCCCUAGCAACGAACGAGGUGCACCCUCCGGAGGAGCAAAGCACGCACCGGCACCACGCACAUCACGCGGGCCAGAAAGAGUCGCCGGAAGUACACGGCGGCAAGGUGACCUAUGCAUCGCCGAGCCCGGUCGCCGUUUAUCACAUCGAGCACAACCAGAGUGAAUCGGGCGCGCGCCAAUAUCUGGCCGGCAUGGAGGAGGCGGAACUGCGGGUGCCGGGCUGGUGCAAGCAGUGCAACGAGACAGUGAUGGAAUACUGUCGCUCGGGCCGAUUUCUGAACGACCAUUGCUGCUGUGAAAACUCGUACGCAAUAGAGCAACUGCCAUGGAUACCUCACACCUGCUACCGUGAGCAGAACCCAAAGUGUGAGGUGAACGCCGGAUCUUGCCCGAAGUAUCGCGCGAUCAAAGUAUGCUGCUGCGAUCCGGCUACCAAGCAGGAAUAUAAAAACAAAUAUUCGUCCGCCAUCAAACCGGUGGGAGCAGGUACCGGACAGCUACUUACACUGGUGUGCGUUCUGCGUUUCGUCGCCCAGUUUGUGCCAUCGCUAGUUGAUCGGAGCUAGCCAACAGCUUCCUAGUGGAUCCGGCUGACAUCCGAAAGAGGAAGGAAAGCUGUUCGCGCGUACUUAAAGUGACCUUAGGAACGCUUUGCCUUCGCGCUCGUGAUGGAAGGUUGCAGAUUUUUAUUUUAUACGUUUGAACGAAACAGUUGGACGGGAUUCGAACAUUCACGCGUGAUGUAACGGCAGCAUUCCUUGUGUGAUUAUUGCAAUAAUUGGAACCCAGUAUCGAAAAGUGCUCGCGAUUGGUGUACAACACCAUUGCGGACGGUGUAAAAAUGCACUAACUUUUUGUUCGUUUGUUUGCUCUUUGUUUGUUUUGUUGAUUUGUUCUGUGCUCUCGAACACGAUCACCACACAUCGCAAUUGUGAAGAGAUGAUUUUAUGUAAAAAAAGAAUCCACCGAACAGUGUGUGUUUGGUCCUGUAACAAAAUUAUUGCAUCUAGAUCAUUAGUAAUUAGCAUAAGUUACCGAAACGAAGCUUUGUCUGAGGACUUUGGUUGAAUACAGCAAUACCAAAGCAAUGCCAAAACAGAUAAGUAAAUGUAACGAGAGAAGCUAGAUCAAUUGGCGUAUUGUACGAAACGAAAGUAAAUAAACUAAACAAGAUCUAUGUGAUCCAUAAAUGUGAUGUAUAACCUAGUUAA